ACCCUAUACUAAUAUUAAACAUACAUUAUAUCUUAAUGUUUUUAAUUAGGUGUAGCAUGGACAUUUUCUAUUUCAAAGUCAUAUUUGCAUCUGCUUUAAGCAGCACAAUCAUUUAGCUCUAUUCAAUGGACAUUAUUGGUAUUCUUAACUCCAUAGUUUUCAUUGCUUUAUGCAUAUUUAUACCUUCUCCAAAAUUUUCCAUAGCAGUAGAUACUAUAAAACUCUCCCAGUCCAUCACUGAUGGCAUGACCUUGGUUUCACAAGGUGACAAAUUUGUACUUGGUUUCUUCAGUCCUUUGGGUUCCAACAAAACAUACUUAGGAAUCUGGUACAAGAAUAUCCCCAAGAAAACAAUUGUUUGGGUUGCAAAUGGUGUCGAACCCAUCAACGGUUCCUCCUCCGGAACCUCCGGGAUCCUAACACUAAACAACACUGGCAACCUUGUCCUCAAACAAAAUGAUAAAGUAAUAUGGUAUACAACGUCUCAACAAGGUUCCCUGAAUCCAGUUGCGCAACUUCUGGAUUCGGGGAAUCUUGUGGUAAGAAACGAGAAGGAGACAACGAGAGGAGCCUAUUUGUGGCAGAGUUUUGAUUACCCUUGUGAUACAAUACUUCCGGGGAUGAAGUUGGGAUGGAAUCUUAGAACUCGUACAGAGAAGAGAAUGACGUCUUGGAAAAGUCCUGAUGAUCCGUCACCGGGAGACUUAUAUUGGGGUUCAUUACUUUAUAAUUACCCUGAACAAUAUCUUAUGAAAGGAGCAAAGAAAUUUGUAAGAAUUGGCCCAUGGAAUGGAUUGCACUUCAGUGGUGUACCAGGUCAAAAGCCUAACAACAUAUAUGCUUACAAGUUUGUGUCUAAUAAGGAUGAGAUGUAUUAUAGUUAUACUAUGGAGAAUGAUUCUGUAAUUACAAGAAUGAUGAUAAAUCAAACAAUUCCGUUGUAUUCUCGUACCGUAUGGUUGGAAGAUCAACAAACUUGGCAAAUUAUGAAAUCAAUGCCUAAAGACAGUUGUGACUAUUAUGGAAUCUGUGGAGCCUAUGGUACUUGCAUAAUCUCAGCCUCACAGAUAUGCAAUUGUUUAACAGGGUUUAGCCCGAAAUCUCCGGCUGCUUGGAACAAAACUGACUGGACUCAAGGAUGCGUCCGAAAUAAACCGUUAAACUGUACUAACAAACUCAAGGACGGAUUUGUGAAAGUGGAAGGUGUAAAACUGCCAGAUUGUACACAUACUUGGGUAGAUGAAACAAUAGGUCUAAAUGAAUGUAAAGCCAAAUGCUUGAAUAAUUGUUCUUGUAUGGCUUACACUAAUUCUAACAUAUCAGGAAAAGGUAGUGGUUGUGUCAUGUGGUUUGGUGAUUUGAUUGAUCUUAGGAAGUUUGAAGACGAAGGACAGGAUCUCUAUAUUCGAAUGGAUGCUUCCGAAUUAGGCAGAGAGGGACAUAAUCGGCUCGCGAAGGAUCUGAUAAGAAUUCUUGCUAGCAUCAUUAUAGUUUCUGGGAUACUUUUUCUUGGAUAUCGUCGCUACAUAUUGCGGCGCAGAGUAAUUGAGGAUUCGGAAAUUAUUGAACUGGAAGGUGGCAGAGGAAGUGAAGAUGAAGGUGAUAUCGAUCUCCCAAUGCUUGCGUAUUCAACUUUAGUCACUGCCACAGAUAACUUCUCGAUAAAGAACAAGAUUGGAGAAGGUGGUUUUGGACCGGUAUACAAGGGAAGAUUUGCAUGGGGGCAAGAAAUUGCUGUGAAGAGGCUUUCAAGUGACUCUGGACAGGGAAUUACUGAGUUAAAGAAUGAAAUAAAGCUUAUAGCAAAACUUCAACAUCGAAAUCUUGUUAAACUACUUGGUUGUUGCAUAGAGGAAGAAAAUAGAGUGCUAGUUUAUGAAUACAUGAAAAACCGUAGCUUGAAUAUGUUGAUUUUCGAUGACACUAAAAGGAAACUCUUAGAUUGGCCUAAGCGCUUUAACAUUAUUUGCGGAAUCGCUCGAGGUCUUCUUUACCUUCAUCAAGAUUCUAGGUUAAGGAUUAUUCAUAGAGACCUCAAACCAAGCAAUAUUUUGCUUGAUGACAAGUUGAUCCCGAAAAUCUCAGAUUUUGGCAUAGCUAGAAUUUUUGGAUUAGAUCAAACACAUGGAAAUACAAAGAGAGUGGUUGGAACUUAUGGCUACAUGGCACCAGAAUAUGCCGCAGAUGGACUUUAUUCUGUGAAGUCAGAUGUGUUUAGUUUCGGAAUUUUGAUGUUGGAAAUUAUAUGUGGAAAGAGAAGUAGAGGUUUUUAUGUCGACAACGACUCUCCAAACCUUGCCACUCAUGCAUGGAGUUUAUGGAAAAAGGGAAGAGCUAUAGAACUAAUUGACAAAGGCAUAGAGGACUCUUGUGUUGAAUCAGAGGCAUUGCGUUGCAUUCAUGUGAGUCUCUUGUGUAUCCAGCAAUUUCCUGAGGAUAGGCCUAAUAUGCCUUCUGUGGUUCUAAUGUUGGGGAGUGAUGGUGAAUUUUUUGAGCCUAAAAAACCUGGUUACUAUGUAAUAAAGAAAGAUUCAUCUGCAGAAACAUCCAACUCAGGUCAAAGUGAAAAGAUCACUACCAAUGAUAUGACUAUCACCUUAUUAGAAGCCCGGUGAAAAUGGAUAACAUAAAAAAAACAAGUUAGCUAAUAUCUUUUGUUAACUUACUUAUGUAACACUGACACUUCAUAUUAAAUAUGUGUAAACGCUGUCUGAUACCGACACCAUAUUGACACAUGUACUUACAUUCAAUCAUUUUAUAUUUUCUUAAUUAUUAUCGGUGUGAUGUGUCUAUGUGCCUUACAAAUUUUAUUUUGCAAUCUCACAAGUUAUAACAGAUAGGUUCUCAGAAGCAUUGUAACAAACAGAUUAUAAUUUUAUUUUGCAAUCUCACAAGUUAUAACAGAUAGGUUCUCAGAAGCAUUAUAACAAACAGGUUAUAGGUAAAUAAAGUAAGAAAAAACAAACCAAAAGAGU